AUGGGUGUGCAGAGUCAGACUGCAGAGAGUGCCCUGCUGUACAAUCCGACGAGUCUUCCCUUCCGAGUCAAAUCGCCGAGAUGUUGCAUCGGUCUUUUUGGCCCCCAAAGUGCUCAGGAGGUCUCAUUGGCGGCCAUGGGUCUGCUUCAAAUGAAAACCCGCGACAAUCGCUGCUCUUCAGGGAUGCACCGGCGGAAUGACACCUCCAUCCCGUUAGUCGGGGCCCGCAAGGGUUUGCCGAUCUCCACCAGCAACUCCUCGCUUCAGCACCUGUCAGCACUCAGCACUCAUCUUCACAGUCCGGUCCCCCCCCCACCGCGGCCCCUCUCGGCCUAUCGCGGACGGGCCCUGGUGCCACUAAAAGCCAAGUUAAUUGAUCCAGAACCCACGUUUCUCCUCGCUCCUGCAGACGAGUCUACCGCUCCUCCGCUUCAGCCAUCCACCGUCUCGGUUGUAGGUGUAGGCUUACUGCAGGCCCAAGAGGAAGCCUCCCAAUCUCCAUCCUCAGGGCUUGCUCACUGGCGCACGCACUAUGCCUCGGAUUCUACAUGGUCAGGCCAUUAG